GGCACUGACACAUUGAUGGGACGGCAGUCCUGCACGCAACAAUGACGGAACCCUACCUCUUUCAUGUCAGCCGCUCUGAGGAUGCAGCAAAUGGAUCGUACAUGUCCUCUCGAGGAGCUCAAGCGCUGUCUGUCAGUGUUGUUUUCACCACGCUGGCAACCCUCUUUGUCAGCGCUCGCAUUUAUACUCGAAAAACCUUGAUGAAUCGCAUGGAACCCAACGACUGGAUGAUCUUGAUCGCCUUGGUCUUAUCAUUUGUCUUCAUGGCGUUGUUCAUCGUGGAGGCUCUAAAUGGGAUGGGAAUGCGUCAAGUAGACAUCCCGCCUCUCAUUCUCGAGAAGCAAAUGAAGGCCUUCUGGCUUACCAUCCCCUUCUAUAACGCGGCCUUGCUUUGCGCCAAGGCCUCGAUUCUGAUGCAGUACUUCCGUGUCUUUCCAACCAGACGGAUGCGACGCAUCUGCUGGCUCAUGAUCGCCGUGUUGGCUACGUACGGGACCUGGGCUGUUCUGAGUGCUUUCCUCAAUUGCGUCCCCGUGGCCAAGUUCUGGGACCCAUCGAUCCGGGGGUUCUGUCUGAACUCAGAGGGCCUGUGGUUUUCCAAUGCAUCGAUGCACAUCACCACCGACCUGGUCAUCCUAAUCAUCCCGGUCCCAGCGUUGAUGGCGCUCGAGCUGCCGAAAAAACAGAAGAUUGCGCUGAUUUCGAUCUUCGCAAUAGGCGGAUUUGUGUGUGUCACCAGCAUAUGCCGCCUAGUUGCCGUCAAGAAGAUCGCCGACUCCUCUGAUCCCACCUACGACAACGUCGGCGCAGCCUCCUGGUCCGCCAUCGAAUGCAACACCGGAAUCAUCUGCGCCUGCCUCCCGACGCUCCGCCCGCUAAUCUCGCGGAUCCUGCCCCAUCUCCUCUCGACCCUCAGCGGCGGCCGUCAAGCCUACGGCACGUCGCCCCUGUCCGGCGCCCAGGCGCCCACCUACUGGAACGGCACCGGCGCCACCGUCACCACGACCAUAACCACCCACCUCGAAGACCUCGAGUACGCCCACUGCGCCGGCGACGCCGACCGCUACCUCACCUUGGUGCCCGGCAGCGACGUCAACGGCCAGGGCAAGCUCAUGGUCCGCGAAACCCAUCAUCUCGCCGGAGCAGGAGGAGGAGGAGCGGGGGACUUGAAGGAAGCGUUGGCCCGCAAGGAGCAGCGAGGCGAUAGUUCGUCCUCCUCGUCGCCGCCCCGAGGAGUCGGCAAUCUUCUCGGAUAACCAACAAGUUGGAUUGUGGUAACUGUGUUGAUGCUGUUGCUAAUCGUGAAGGUAAAAAAAUUAAGGGCCGACCCCUAUGGGGCGGGGGAAGAGCAACGGUCGGUUUUUUGUUCCACUUCAGUAUAUAUAUCCAGGAAUCGCUAUACCCACUUCUCUCUUUUUCGAUUCUCAGUCACCACAGACUCCAUUGACCUUCUUUUUGCUAUGGCUGUGGUCUCGUUCAUUUAGCUUUUGCCAAGUAGCACUUUUUUUUUGUGUUUUUUUUUAUCUUCUUUUCAUAUAUACCUUUUACUGAGUGUGUCUUUGACAUGAUUGGGGCAGUAAUGGAAUGGAUAUGAAUAAUUUUGGUCGAAUGGGGAG